AUGCGGCCCGCGGACCGCGCCGCCGCCCGCCGGGACGUCGCCGCCCUCCAGCGCGAGCACGUGCGCGCGCACCUGCGGGCCCGCCGGAAGUUGCUGGAGGUCGCGAGCCUGCUGGACGAGCUCCAGAGCGAGGUGGACGCCUCGGCCGAGGGCGUGCUGGGGCCCGGCCGCCGCGCGGGCGGCGAGGCGGAGGAGCGGGUGCUGAGGCUGUGCGAGAAGGCGGAGCGGAAGGCCGCCGAGGCCGCGCUGAUGGGGCGGAGGAUCGUGGAGCUGCACCGGCAGAUCGACAGCUGCGGCUGCGGCUGCGCCUGACGGACGCGGGGGCGGAGACUUGAGGUCAGACUUCUGCAAGAGAGAAGACCCUGCUUGGCUGCAGCUGCUGAAGCAAGAGCCCAGACCGGUCAAGGAUGCAGAUGCUGCUGCUUUGGAUCAGAUUGAGAAGCCCCGGGGGCUGUUGGGCAUGGAGAUGGAUGGCAUCCGCAUUUUGGGAUUCUGCAGUCUCUCGUAUCAGAGGAGGAGAGCUGUGGUUUUUUUCUUUUCUUUUCUUUUUUUCUGUUUGCUUGUUUUUUGGUUUUUUGGUUUUUGCUUUUUUGUUUUUUCAGAAAUGUAAUUUUCUGUGGCAUGUUAACUGGUGCACAUCAUGUAACCUGUCUGGUGAGUAACCUAGAAUAGGGGAUGAAUUCUAGGUACUGUGUGUAUUGGCUGACUUCAGGGUAAACCAUUUUGAUAUAAUCAUGCAUUUUAGGAGCUUCUCUGCCACAACUGCAUGUGACAUCUACGUGACCUGGAGGGCUUGGGUAGAAGAGCAUGGAGCUACCAAUGGUGGGCCCCAAAUUGAUAGCAGGUAGCAUCUUCCAGGCUUAGGUGGUACCCAGCUUGGGUCCUCAGAGCACACCCCAAAGGGGUUGAGAGCAGAGCUCUAGCUUCUUACUAUAAAGUUCAUUUGCCUAGAAAAGAAGCGCUGAAAGCCAGUUUUUAGAACCUUUGUGCAAAUAACCAAAGCCAUUGACUUGGCCAGGAAAAGGUGAGAUAAAUAAAUCGUUUUCAGAAUGAAA